AUGGAAUAUUUACAUGCAGCCUCUGUUCCCUCAACAAAAAGUGAAUUGUCACUUUUUUCUGUUCCACCAACACAAGUAGCAAUCGAAUCUUCAUACGAAGUUGAAUACAACCCUUCAGCAUCCCUUGAAUCAAGUCAAUAUCAUGAGAUAUACAUUCCUGCCUCUGAUGAUUUCACUGAUCUUUCGUCAACAAUGAUUCAUCUUAAAGUGCAAAUACUUGAAGAAGGAAAACCAACAAAAAAAAUUUUUCAAACCGUUCCCGAUUUUGGACAUGCAAUUUUUGAACAAAUUGACUUUAUUUUAAAUAAUGUUAAUACAGUCAAGUCUUCAAAUAUGUAUCAUUAUCAAGCUUAUUUAGAAAAUCUAUUAUUUAAAUAUCCCUCCAACAUCGAUAUUGGUUCAGAAGGUACAAAUGGGAGUGAUGAAAAAGAAAUGUAUUUUAAUCUUCAUGUACCAAUUUGUCAACAAGAUCGCUUAUUGAUUAAUGGUGUGCCCAUACAAAUUUGCUUCACUCGAUCGAAAAAUGGAUUUCCAAUAGUUGUUGGUGAUAAAACACCAUUAACAGUGAAAAUUACUAAAUUAUCGGUUCAUAUCAAGAGAAUUAAACUCUUUCCUGACGCUCAAGCUGGUGUUUUAACUACACUUGAAAAAAUUCCAGCUAAAUAUUUCAUUGUUAGAAAUGAACUUAAAGCAUUUGCUCUUAAUCCUGGUUCUAAAGAUUAUAGUUUCGAAAAUGUACACAAUGGAAUCUUUCCGAGGAGAAUGAUUAUUGGAAUUGUUAAUUCAAAGGCUUUUUCGGGUGAAAUUGAAUUAAAUCCAUUUAAAUUCGAGCAUUAUAAAUGUAAUCACAUCUCAUUGAAUGUUGAUGGUGUCAUGAUUCCAAGUAUUCCUUACAAACCCGAUUUUAUCGCUAAAACGGCUGUUCGCGAAUAUAUUGAUUUAUUCAAAGCUCUUGAUCAAAGUGAAGGUAUCCCUCAGAUUGAUAUUAAAUACAGUGAAUUCUGUGAAAGAAAAACAUUGUUCGGAUUCGAUUUGACUAAUGAUGGAUCAAUUGGAGGAGAAAGUGGUACUUUGAAUCUAUUACGAAGAGGAAGUAUAAGACUUGAAUUAAGAUUCGCUGAAACAUUCACUGACCAGUUGAAAAUUAUUGUCUUCAGUCAAUUUGAUAAUGUUAUAACUAUCGAUAGAGAUAGAAAUGUUACAUUAGACUAUUAA